GUGACGUCACGCGUCAGUGACGUCCACUCCAGGUAACGGCGCGCGAAACUGACGAAUCGGCGGCAGAAAGAACUGUCGGGAAACCAUAGCACCCGCGGACCGUGUGUCUGUGGGGGGGGAGAGGGGGCAGAGAUGACUCAGUCCGUCCUCGUCCAAGUGGGCCAAUGUGGCAAUCAAGUUGGCUGCAGAUUUUGGGACUUGGUUUUACGAGAGCAUGCAAAUGUGAAUAAGAAAGGCAUCUAUGAUGAAGCGCUUGGUAACUUCUUUAGAAAUGUGGAUACAAGAUCUACUAAUGGAGAUGAUAUAAAUCUUCACAAAGGAAUAAUUCGAUCUCUUAAAGCUCGGGCAGUACUCGUUGACAUGGAAGAAGGUGUCGUUAAUGAAUUACUUCAGGGUCCAUUGAGGGAUGUUUUUGACAGUAAACAACUUAUAACUGAUGUAUCUGGUUCUGGUAAUAAUUGGGCAGUUGGAAAUAAACAAUAUGGUUCCCUGUACCGUGAUCGUAUUCUAGAAGUAAUCCGAAAAACGGCUGAACAUUGUGAUUGUUUGCAAUGCUUUAUUUUAAUUCACUCAAUGGGUGGAGGGACUGGUUCUGGUCUGGGUACCUUUGUGCUGAGCCUUUUAGAGGAUGAGUUUCCAGAAGUCUACAGAUUUGUUACAUCUGUUUACCCUUCUGCUGAUGAUGAUGUUAUCACUUCACCUUACAACAGUGUUCUUGCCAUGAAAGAACUGACUGAACAUGCAGAUUGUGUUUUACCUAUUGAGAACCAGUCUGUGUGUGGGAUGGACAUGUCCAGACUGAGUUGUCACAACUCACUCAGCUCAGCAAGACUCCUGUGGCUUGUCUAUGGUGGACACUGGUCCUUGAUUGACAUAGUCAACAAAAUCAAUCAGAUGGCCAAUUCUGGUAAAUCAGCAAAUGCAAUAAAACAUCAAAGUACAUUGAUUUCUGGUCAGUCUAAAGUCAAACAACAGGAAAAGCCAUUUGAUGCUAUGAAUAAUAUUGUAGCUAACUUGCUGCUCAAUUUGACUAGCUCUGCCAGGUUUGAAGGUUCUCUCAAUAUGGAUCUUAAUGAAAUCACCAUGAACCUGGUUCCAUUUCCACAGCUUCAUUACCUUGUUUCUAGUCUAACUCCUUUAUAUACCUUGGCUGAUGUAAAUAUCCCCACAAGAAGGUUGGAUCAGAUGUUCACCGAUGCUUUUAGUAAGGAUCACCAGUUGAUGUAUGCUGACCCAAAACGUAACCUGUACCUUGCCUGUGCACUGAUGGUCCGAGGAAAUGUUCAGAUUUCUGAUCUUCGAAGAAACAUUGAGAGGCUGAAACCUUCUCUCCAGUUCAUCCCGUGGAAUCAGGAAGGUUGGAAGACAAGUCUGUGCUCAGUACCUCCAGUUGGUCACACUCACUCCUUAUUGGCACUAGCUAAUAAUACUUGUGUUAAGUCUACCUUCACAGAUCUAAAGGAUCGAUUUGUAAAACUUUAUAAGAAAAAGGCUCAUAUUCAUCAUUACCUCCACGUGGAUGGAAUGGAACAAAGUUGUUUUACAGAAGCCAACAAUUCUUUGUCAUCCCUAAUAGAGGAAUACAACCAGUUGGAUGCUACUAAAGGACUACCAGUCACCAAUAUGCCCCGCCUUUCCAUUGCGUCAUAAAAUAUUAUCAUGAAAGGAACGGUGUUAAACCCCUAUUACAAUACUAACUUCAGUAAUAAUUAUUUUCCAAAAAAAUGGAAAUAAUCAGGUGCACACUUAUAAGCAUAAAAGCAUAUAAAAAGUUGUUGCUGAAAUCCAGAAAGGUCUUUACACCUGACACAGACCAAAUUCUGCAAGACAUGAAAUGUAUUCUGGUGUAAGAUUCUGUAUGUGCAUUCUUCUAAACAAUUAGUGUUUAUCUGAAUACUCUUACAUUGGUGAGUUGGUUGGCCAACACAUCUAAGUACAAGUAGAUGGACCAACAAAGUUGCUGGGAUGCUUGAUAUGUUAUUCUCACCCAGAAAAUGGUUAAAGCACUACACUCAUCAGUAAAUUAAGGUUGGAGAAAAGCCAACCUCCGUAUUCUUGACAGUUUGGCAAAGAUUUUGUUUGAAUACUUAUCGGAGCACCAGUAGUGAAUCCCCAUCAGUUUCAUGGGCUAGGCCCGAUGGAAUCAAGUGCCCCUCAGGCAAUUAGUGGGCCACUUUUAGGCCUCGGGUGAGUUUCCAAGCAGCAAUAGUUCUGCCUGUCAAGAGUUGCUGGCCAAACAAAUGGCACCGCAUCUAACCUGUGUCUAUUAUCAUCAUCAGAUCCCAGGCCACUGAAGGGCUAGUGGAAGGCAAGAGAAGAAGUAGCUUUCAAUGGCCACUCACUGUUUGCUGCCAGGUUCCUUGUUCAGACAAAGGGUGACUGCUCCACGGGAUUGUGUGGUUGGUCUCUAGCAAACCUGAGAGGUUUUCCUGAACAGCCUCCAAGGGUGUGCAAAUUCCAUUUAAUCCCUGAGCUACCACUAAAUUGCAGUGGAGUCAGAGAUGUAAUUUGAAGUGUAAUUUGGAUCAUAAAUGAGCUUCUUGGAUAUCUCUAAUCAAGUAGGCAGCAAUGUCGUGUCAGUCCCUUCCGUCCUCUGAAUUAAUCAAGGGGAGUUUUCCUGCUGCUGAGAAGCUGACAUUGAUUUAUUUUAUUGUUGUCACGUACUGAGAUAGUGAAAAGUGUUGUUUUGCAUGCUAUACCAUACGAAGUGCGUUAAGGCAGCAAAACGGAUUGCAAAAUAGAAUGUUACAGCCACAGAGAAGGUGCAGCGAGAGAGAUUGGAAUGAAUAUUUGAGCAGUCCAUUCAAAAGUCUGACAACAGCGGGGAAGAAGCUGCUGUUGAAUCUGUUCAUAGGUGUAUUUGAACUUUUAUAUCUUCUGCCUGAUGGAAGAGGGUUGAAGAGAAUAUUACUGAGGUGGAAGGGGGUGUUGAUUAUGUUGGUUGCUUUCUUGCAGCAGCGGGAUGUAUAGAUGGAGUCAGUGGAUGGAAGGCUGGUUUGCGUGGUGGACUGGGCAAUUUGGUAGGUUGGUGUUGAUGUGAGCCAUGACCAACCUGUUAAAGCAUUUCAUAAUUAUGAAGGUCAGAGGCAGGCAGUAGUCAUUGAGGCAUGCUGCAUGAUUUUUCACUGGGAUGAUGGUCAGGUGGGGACUUCAGAUCAUAGUAAGGAGGGAUUGAAGAUGUCUGUGAAUACUCUUGCCAGCUGGUCCAUACAGGAUCUAAAUGCACGGCCAAGGUCUCUAUCCAGGCCAGUCACUUUCAAAGGGUUCACUCACAAAAAGGCUAAUCUGACAUCUGGGGUGGGGACUGUGGGUGCAGGUGCAUCUGAGACUGUUGGGAGAGGUGGCACCAUUGCAUGCAACCAUAAUUAAAUGGACCCAAUCACCAUGGUUCCUACUGCUACAAGUUGCAUAAAAUUCAAUUCUGUGAUGUUGGAAAUUGACAAUAUUUUAGAUGGAACAUUUGGAAAAAAAUCUGCCAUAGGAUUAUGAUUCGCAGGUAUUUGUCCCCAUUACCAAAUGGUUAAGAUACUGACAUAUUAGUGAUCUGCAAAGAAUUAAAAUGGCACUCCAAAAGUUGUUGAAUUGAUUGAAUUCCCGUAAUUAAAAUCCUUUUCUUAGUUCUAUGAAAUUGGAACAGGCAAAUAAACUAUACAAAUUCCUUUUCUGGAUUCUAUUAAAUAAUCAAUUUAGGUUGCAUUCUUGCUUAUACUAAUGAAUAAAUAUUACUCGUUUUUAUAAAUUAUCUGUACAAAAACCUUUCUGUGAAUGAAAUACCAAGGGUAACUAACGACUGCACAAAUAUUACAGUUUAAUAGAGUAUUAAUAUUUAAAAGAUGGGUAUGUAGAAUGUGUUUUUGCAUUUAAACUAAUGUGCAUGCAAGUUCCAUGCUGUUUGUAUAUAUUUAUCAAAUAAUGUUUGACUUCUCUGGUAUUGAUAGUUCUAUUAAAAUUAUUUUGAUGUA